GGGGCUGUCGCGAGGGGAGAAGAGUUGAACUGUUUGUCCCACUCCGCUCGCCGUAUGAAAAUUUAGGCGGAGAGUGUCACAGAUAUGGCGGCCGUUAGGAUGGGAAAGCUGACAACGAUGCCUACAGGUCUGAUAUGUGCGUCUAUAAGUGUGCAUGCAGCCAAAGAAGAAUCCAAAAAGCAGCUGGUGAAACCAGAGCAGCUCCCCAUAUAUACUGCACCACCUCUCCAGUCUAAAUAUGUUAAAGAGCAGCCUGGUCAUUUACAAAUGAGCUUUGCAUCCAUCCGCACUACAACUGGUCAUUAUAUUGGCUGGUGCAUGGGUGUUUAUGUCUUUGUGAAAAAUGGGAUAAUGGAUACAGUACAAUUUGGAAAAGAUGCAUAUGUCUAUCUGAAGAAUCCACCUGGAGAUUUUCUUCCGAAAAUUGGAGUGAUUACAGUCUCAGGAUUGGCAGGCUUUGUUUCAGCGAGAAAAGGUUCUAGGUUUAAGAAAAUUGCUUAUCCACUGGGGCUGGCCACUUUAGGAGCAUCUGUUUGCUACCCAGCUCAGUCAGUAAUAAUUGCAAAGGUAACUGGGAGAAAGGCAUAUGCUACAGGCCAGCAAAUUUAUGAAGCAGUUAAAUCAUUGUGGACAAAAAACAACAAAAAAGAGUCACUUCCUGAACCUAAAGAAGAAACUAAGCUAGGAAGCUCUGCUGAAAUAGAAAUAUCUGCAAAAACUCACUACCUGAAACACCCAGUGCCUUUGCCAACAGAACUCAGCUCUGAAAGGAAGAUCAAAUCAGAAUCCACCUCAGGUCCUACACAGUUUAUGCCUGACCCCAAGCUCAUGGAUCACGGGCAGUCCCAUCCAGAAGAUGUAGAUAUGUACAGCACUAGAAGCUGAAAUAGUCUGCAUAGAGAACUACAAGAUGUGUGAAGUUGCAAAUAAUGAUGAAAACAUCAUGUGAUGGGUAACUGUGACGCAUCGAGUAUAACUUAAACCAAGGUUUUUCCCUUACAUCUUCUAAUGUACAGUUUGACCAAUCACAUAAGUGAUUAAAACACAAACUAUGUACACAAUUAAAACAAUAUUAAAUGAUGAAGAGGCAGAGGUAGAAGUAUUAGGAUGCAUUUGAUGACUUUUAAUGGUGUUUAUGAAAAAA